AUGAGGAAACUUCCUGGAAGGAAGCGUUAUGGUAAAGGCUUCAAGGUGGGACUUGGAGUGAAAGAUAAGGGCCAGGGAGAAGUGGGAGAGAGGCGUUCUGGUGUUACAAGCUCCCUCAUGGGGCUCUGCCUCCACCUGCCCUCAGGCACCUCUGGGCUUACUCCCUACAAGCUCCGGCAUUGCCCGGCUGUCAGUUGCCGGGAAAGAGAAACUGUGGUGCAUUUGAGGCUCACCGGGUCCUGUGGUUGGGGACCACAACCGCAUCUCCAUUCCCGGUACCACUCGCGGCUCUGUGGUCGAGAGGAGAGCGGUAGAGCAGAAAGCCAGGUGGCCAUGUCUGAUUACCCCGUGUCUGCUUGGACGCCCAAAAUCCAUCCGUUGCUCCUGUUACCUCAAGAACAGGUAAAAGGUUUGACUAUGACCUCAGGAUACCAGGCCUUCUGUGACCUGCCUGCCCUACCUCUCUUCUCCAGCUCCCACGGCAGCCUCCCAUGUAUUCCACGGGAAGCCACACAUCAUUCUCGAUAUCCAAUAAACACGUGUCCUAUUUUUAUGUCCGAGCUUCUGGGCAUGCGUCUUGUUAUUUCCUGGAAUGCCCUUUAA